CUUUUAUUAAUCAAUUCUUUUCAAUCAAGUAGCACAAGCAUGGGGGAUAAUCGACCGUCCGAGACCACAGCGCUGCUACUGCCAGCAGACGACCGCUCCACCGGCGCAUCUCUCGGCCACUUCGCCAGCGCAGCUCUCGACCGCUCCGCCAGCGCAGCUCUCGACCACUCCAUCAACACAUCCCUUGGGCGCCGGCGCCGGCGCGACGAGCUCACCGGCUACAUUCUCAUGGCCAGCUCCGCGCUCGGGUUCGCAGCAAACUCGGCCUGUGUCAAAGCGCUCUCCCUCUCACAAAUCCCGUCGCUCGAGAUCGUCUUUGCACGCAGCAUCGUGCAACUCGCGCUGGGCCUCCUCGGCUGCGUCGUCCUCAGGGCCAGCCCCCUGGGCCCACCCACAAGCCCCCGCCAUCUCCUGGUGCUGCGCGGCGCCGCGGGAGCAUUCGGCAAUGCGUGCUUUUUCUAUGCAGUUUCGGUGAUGACUUUGGGGGAUGCGACGGUGGUUUUCUUUACGGGCCCAGUGUUCAGCGCUGUGUUCGCGUAUUGGAUGCUGGGGGAACCCUAUGGGAAGUUUGAUCGCGUGGCAUCGGCAGUGUGCAUUCUGGGGAUUGUUUUGGUGCUUAAGCCUGCGGCGCUGUUUGGCGGAUCAGAGUCGCCCAAGGGGGGCCCGGAGCUGUGGGGUGCGGUGGCGGCGCUUGUUGGCGCGAUGUCCGGCGCUCUGGCGUACUGCGUUGUGCGCAAGGUUGGCCGUGCCGUUAAUGCGAUGGUGCAUGUGGUGUAUUUUGGCUUUAUCUCGAUGAUCGGCUCAUCCGUGGCCAUGUUUCUUCUGCAGGAACCCAGGAUGCCCAGGGGCCGGUAUGAGUGGGUGGUGAUGGGGCUGGUUGGCGUCUUUGCUUUUGUCGGCCAGGCUAUGUUGAAUCGCGGGCUGCAGUUGGCGCCAGCGGGACCGGGCACUUUGAUGCGCAAUUUGGACGUGGUGUUUGCUGUGGUGCUGGGAAUUACCCUGUUUGAUGAGGUGCCGGAUUGGAUCGGCCUUGUUGGCGCCCUGGUUAUUGUUGGCUGCACGGUGGCUAUGGGCGUGCAUAAGUGGCUGAGACCACAAGACUGAUUUGAUUCUGCUGCUUUUUGCUUUUGCUUCUGCUUUCAUUCUGACGCACAAGCAAAAGAAGCAAAAAAUCAGCCAGGAAGUAUUUUUUGCUUGGCGCUUUUUCUUACAUUUAAUUUGUGUCACAGUAACAUUCAAUUUAUUCAUCAAAUAAUAAGCGCAUUUCUGGUGACGACGUGGCAUUAAUUCACUGCUGGCAGUGGAUUGUGAAGCGCAUGAAUUUUUUGUUUUUUUAGGAAAAGGGGACUUUUGAUCUUUUCAAAUAUAAAAUUUUUUUAUCGCCAUUACGUAUUAUAAU